GGCCCUAAGGGAUCAGCUUGCGGUGUAUAAGGAGCAGCAAUUAAGCGUUGUGGGCCCCCAGGGUUUAGGGGGCCCCUUGGGGGCCCCGAGCAGAGCGCUGGGGGCUGCUGCUGCUGCGGGGGCCCUCUCUGAUGUCCUCGCUGGGGCCUCCUGCAGGGGCCCCCUUAACAAAGAUGACUGUGAUGAACUCUUGCCUGGUGAAGGGGCCCCCUGGGAUGCAGCAGCAGAAGCAGAAGAAGCAGCAGCAGCAACAGCAGCGCCAACUGCAGCAGCAGGAAGAGCAGCAACAGCAGCAGCAGCACAGGGCUCUUUGUUAGGGCUGUGCCAGAGUGCAGCCUCUACAAUAGGGGGGCCCCCAGGGGGCCCCCAGAGGGGGGGGCCCCCGGAGGCUCCAGGGGGUUUAAUAGGUGCUGCUGCAUCUCUGAUGUCUUUUCGAGUGUCUAUGCAACAAGGCAAAGACGACACUUCAGCAGCUGUUGCUGCUUUAAAAGAAGAAGUACGUACAGCAGAGCAGAAAUGCCUCCUUUCUAUUCAAUUUCUUGCCGAAAACGCUAACCUUAUUGAGGCCCUCCUGGUCUCUGCACAAGAAGCAGCAGACUGCAGCAGCAGCAGCAGCAGCAGCAGCAGCAGCAGCACCAUCUGCGACAGCGACAGCGAAGCUCCACAAGAGAAUGAACCUGCAGCAAAUCUCAUUAAAGACAUCGAUGUCUUCCUCAUUACGGAGCAAAGGCAGCAGCAGCAGCAAAUGCAGCAGCAGCAGCAAAUGCAGCAGCAGCUCUUGCUGCAGCAGGAACACUAA